AUGGGGAGGAAUUUGAGUCCUGUGCUGCAAAGAGAGCUUGAAAAUCUUGACAAAGACGCUGAUAGUCGCAAAUCGGCAAUGAGAGCAUUGAAGUCAUAUGUGAAAGAUUUGGACUUUAGGACAAUUCCUAUCUUUCUAGCUCAAGUGUCUGAGACAAAGGAAACUGGUACUUUAUCUGGAGAAUUCACGAUAUCGUUGUACGAAGUUCUUGCUAGGGUUCAUGGUGUCAAAAUUGUUCCAAUGAUUGAGAGUAUCAUGCAAUCCAUAAUUCAGACUUUAGCUUCAAGUGCAGGAUCUUUCCCUCUCCAACAAGCUUGUUCCAAGGUUGUUCCAGCUGUAGCGAGAUAUGGAAUCGACCCUACAAUGCCAGAAGAUAAGAAGAAGAAUAUAAUUCGUUCUAUUUGUAAGCCGCUUUCUGAUUCGCUCAUGAGUUCUCAGGAGAGUUUGAGCUGCGGCUCAGCUCUUUGUUUGAAAGCACUUGUUGAUUCUGAUAAUUGGCGGUAUGCUUCUCAUGAAAUGGUUAAUAACGUUUGCCAAAAUGUUGCGGCGGCGUUGGAUGGAAAGUCUACUCAGACUAAUUCACAUAUGGGUUUGGUUAUGUCGUUAGCCAAACGCAACUCUCUGAUUGUUGAAGCAUAUGCCCGGCUGCUCAUAAAUUCCGGACUUCAAAUACUACAUGUUGGUGGAGAGCUUUCUGAUGGGAAUUCUCAGAAGCGGUUCGCAGCUAUUCAAAUGGUGAACUACUUGAUGAAGUGUUUGGAUCCGAGGAGUAUUUUCUCGGAAGUCGAACAAGUAAUCGAGGAGAUGGAGCAGUGCCAAUUCGACAAAAUGGCAUUCAUCAAAGGUGCUGCACUUGAAGCCCUGCAAACAGCCAAGAAAGUUGCAACCGAUAAAAAAUUGAGAUGUAUGAAGAGUCCUGCAUCCGUGACGGGUUCAAAUUCAAAUUUGAGUAGAAGAGACUAUAUGGAAGGAGAUAGUUCUUUGGGUGACGGAGACCUUACUCCGGCAUCUAAUUCACCUGAGUCACGUACACUUGACUUUUUCCCUGGACACGAAUCCCUUACCGAGUCUCCCAUUUCGACUUUCCAGUCUUCUCAUAAUCUGAACUAUUUGCGAAGGAGUGUCAAUAGGAAGCUUUGGAGCCGUGAAAAUGGAGGAGUUGACGUGUCUCUCAAGGAUGGUUUGUUCUCAUCGAAUGCAGACGAGGGAAAUGGCUUCUUCGAUAACACAACGGAUCACAAGUUUUUCAAUGGAAAUGGAGAUUUAACUGAAGAAUUUGCUGGUUUUGUCCAAGGAAUAUCCAGAAGUACCAACUCGAGUCCCCUCAGAUCACGCAGUCAGGUCAUUGAAGGGAUUCAAAUUUUCGACACUCCAAAGAGGCUCAUUCGUUCGCUUCAAGACCCAACUGAUGAUAGUUCCGAUUGCUCUGAAAAACCGAUUAGGCUGUACAAGAGUCUAUCCUCAGGAAAUAUUAUUUUGACUCCAUUGUCUUAUUCCAAGUAUGACCAUAACGGUAUUGCUCAUUGUGUCAAAUAUGAUAAUAGCAACGAGAACAGAAGCUCAUGUGGCGAUGACAUGCAGUAUCAAGACGAACAAGAGUCGGUCUCAUCAACAGAUGACAUUCUUGGUAAUUCUGAUACGCAGAAGCAUUCUUUAAAGGUUCAUGAGAAUAGAAUAGUUCCACAAACUCUUGCUGUGGAGAAGCCACUUCAAAAGAAGAAGCACAAAUUCUUCUGUGGACUGUCUUUCCUCAUUGUUGCAAUGGCUACACCUCUAAUCUGGAUCAACAGUCAGGAAGAAGCACAUUUCCUUGUCCCUACAUAA